AGGCUGGGAGGAGUGUGUCCCAUGAGGGACCCCCCUGCUGUGUGAGGGGAGGGCGGCCGGCAGAGGGGAGUUGGUUUGAUGAAAGGCUUCUGUGAAAAUGGGUGUGCUCUCUUUUCUCUUUGCCCCUUUGUGUUGUCCAAAUUUUGUUGGAAGCACUCUGUUGAAGUCAGCAGCUUUACCUGAUUUGCAGCUCUUGCCACCUAAUGUUUUUCUUUUGAGCUCUCCUUUGUUGUUGUUGUUGCGUAAAAAUUUUGUUGCUAUUACGAAACGGAUUUUUGUGCUUGAGCUAUUGCUCAAUUUUCACUUUGGGAUUUACUUCAUUAGGCUUAUCACAUGUUAUUUAGCAGCAUAUGCUCUACUAAAUAUGUUUCCACGGUGAUAUACGAGCUCCUUCACACCUGAGAAAUUUUGAAUUAUAAUUCUGUUUUAUUUGUAGCGAAAACGUGUAACUCUAUGUGAGUUUAAGUUUGCUGCCCAGCAGAUUUAUUGUAGGGCAGUUUCUUCAUGAGCCUCUGCUCCAGCCAUCACUUGUGCAAGGCAGGAGCCAGUUCCUGUUUCAAUGUGAAGUUAAAUAUUUACAUACAGACUUGUGUAAUGGUGGGAACCAAGUCAGUUUUCACAAACACUGAACGGAAUUCCUCCCUCAAACCCAGUCAUCAGUGGAAUGGACCCCUUCCAUGCUUGUAGUAUCCUCCAACAGCUGAAAACCAUGUAUGAUGAAGGACAGCUGACAGAUAUAGUAGUGGAAGUGGAUCAUGGGAAGACAUUCUCCUGUCAUAGGAAUGUUCUUGCUGCAAUCAGUCCUUAUUUCAGAUCGAUGUUCACGAGCGGCCUUACCGAGAGUACCCAGAAGGAAGUUCGGAUCGUUGGUGUCGAAGCAGAGUCGAUGCAUUUAGUGUUGAACUAUGCAUAUACCUCCAGAGUAGUGCUGACAGAGGCCAACGUUCAAGCUCUGUUCACUGCAGCCAGUAUCUUCCAGAUCCCUUCCAUACAAGACCAGUGUGCUAAAUACAUGAUCAGUCACUUGGACCCGCARAACUCCAUUGGGGUGUUCAUCUUUGCUGAUCACUACGGUCAUCAGGAACUCAAAGACAGGUCACAAGACUACAUUCGCAAGAAGUUUCUGAGUGUCACCAAAGAGCAAGAGUUUCUUCAGUUGAGAAAAGACCAACUGAUAAGUAUCCUCAACAGUGACGAUUUAAAUGUAGAUAAAGAAGAACAUGUUUAUGAGAGCAUUGUAAGGUGGUUUGAGCAUGAGCAAMAUAAGAGAGAAGUGCACCUUCCAGAAAUAUUUGCCAAAUGCAUUCGUAUGCCUCUGUUGGAUGAGACAUUUUUAGAGAAAAUCCCUCCCGUGUUUGCACAGGCGAUGGCCAAAAGCUGUGUACAAAAGGGACAACCCAGUGCCAAUGGCUACACACAACGKCUUGGAAUGACCGCUUCCGAAAUGAUCAUAUGCUUUGAUGCUGCCCACAAACACUCAGGAAAGAAGCAAACAGUGCCUUGUUUAGAUUCGGUCACAGGGAGAGUGUUUAAACUAUGCAAGCCACCAAAUGACUUGAGGGAGGUCGGAAUUCUCGUGUCUCCUGAUAACGAUAUUUACAUUGCGGGUGGUUACAGGCCAAGCAGCAGCGAGGUCUCCAUUGACCACCGAGCAGAGAGUGAUUUUUGGAUGUACGAUCACUCUGGCAAUAGGUGGAUUCCCAAGGCUCCUUUGCUGCGGGCCAGAAUAGGCUGCAAGUUGGUUCACUGCUGUGGGAAGCUGUAUGCCAUCGGGGGGAGAGUUUAUGAAGGAGAUGGGAGGAACUCCCUCAAGUCUGUGGAGUGCUACGACAGCCGGGAGAACUGCUGGACGGCUGUGUGUCCCAUGCCGGUAGCAAUGGAGUUCCAUAGUGCUGUGGAGUAUAAGGAUAACAUCUAUGUUCUACAGGGGGAAUUCUUCCUUUGCUACGAUCCUCAGAAGGAUUACUGGGGAUUUUUGACCCCAAUGACUGUGCCUAGAAUCCAAGGCUUGGCAACAGUGUACAACAACUCCAUCUACUACAUAGCUGGCACCUGUGGGAACCAUCAGCGCAUGUUCACCGUCGAGGCCUACGACAUUGAACAGAACAAGUGGACUCGAAAGAAAGACUUCCCSUGUGAUCAGUCCAUUAAUCCAUACAUAAAACUCGUUCUCCUCAAAAACAAACUCCAUCUCUUUGUCAGAGCUACUCAAGUCACUGUUGAAGAGCACGUUUUCAGAACCAGCAGGAAGAAUUCACUCUACCAGUACGAUGAGGUCACUGACCAAUGGCAGAAAGUCUAUGAGACUCCAGACAGGCUCUGGGAUUUAGGCCGGCAUUUUGAAUGUGUUGUUGCUAAAUUGUAUCCGCAGUGUCUUCAGAAAGUUAUUUAAAUUUCUUUUUUUCUUUUUUUUUCUUUUUUUUUUUGGGUAACAGGCCUUAGUGAUUUCAGUGGUAAUUUGAUGCUAGAGAAAACAUGUCUUAAAAGAAAACAAAGAAAUUCUGUCAGUAUUUAUUGUAAGCUGAAACAGACAGUUUUUUGUAUAUGGGGAUGGGUGCUCUUUAAAGGUUGCAGUCCAGGGAGGGAAUUGUUGGUUCAGUUUCAUAUUUACUGAUACUUUCCUGGGAAGUGAGGAGGUUACAAAGUGCAAUUAUCAGCAUUUUUUUUCUGGUAAACACUUAAUCAUGUCAUACUAAAGGGGUUUUUUUGGUGGUAAAAGCAAAUGAAGUGGAACAGCCAGAAUAACUAUGCACUACAGUGAAAGAAAAUCUAGCAUUAAUAGUUAAGGAUGUUCAAGAUGUGUUGAAGUGACUUUUUUUUUUUUUAAUACGGGUAAAAUUUGAGGCAAUAU